AUGUCCAUCACCCGCCCUACCAUGCGAUCAAUGCCCGAGACUGUUCCAUUCAAGCAUCGUGAUGAACCAAACUCGGACCUGAGUGGUGUCGACGACGCCUCGCAAGCUCCCCCUUUGUUUCGCCGACGAAUAACGUCCUACCCGCGACCGACCAGUCAUGACUGUCUCCUGGCGGCGAUACACGCUCGCUACGAGUCCCGACCGACAAGUCGUCUUUCCCGGAAACGGCGGGGAGAAAGAGUCAUAUCUAUCUAUCUAUCUAUCUAUCUAUCUAUUGAUUUCCGUGUAACCAUUAUUUAUCUGUUUCGGUUAUAUCAUAUCUAUCUAUCUAUCUAUCUAUCUAUCUAUCUAUCUAUCUAUCUAUCUCAGUUUGUUCAUAUCUAUCUAUCAAUCUAUCUAUCUAUCUAUCUAUCUGGUUCCAUUUUCUCUCUCUCAACCUUGCUUUCAGUCAAGCAAUCAAUCAAUAAUUCUGUCUAUCUAUCUAUCUAUCUAUCUAUCUAUCUAUCUAUCUAUCUAUCUAUCUAUCUAAAAUUCAAGGCAAAUACUUUGGCCACUGAAUAUCUUUAA